UCAGUGCUAAGUGAGCCCAGCAGGUGUCUGGCUGUGCCCAAGCAGUUCUGUGACCCUGUGCUCACUGUCUCUGAGCUUCUGGACACAGUUGGCGGGGGAAAUUAAGGCUUGGGACUCUCAGACGUGUGAAAUCCUGGAUUCCGUCUUCAGCUCCACCAUGUGAUGGCCAAGCUCUAACUGAGAUCCUUGGCUUAUGCUGUACUUCAGAGUGCAAGGCACAAGGCUAAAGACUCACCAGUCUGGUAUCUCAGGGGAACAAGGAGACUGACGGCUCUGGGAUUCUGUAAAGAAGAUUCUGGGGCCACAGAUUGUUUGCAGCCAAACUCUCCUGUCUUUUGGAACCACACCCCCAGGCAAAGUUUGGGGCUCCUAUCUGCUGCUACACAACAGGGUAUAGAGCCAUGAAGAAUCGGUCCAUGAUGCUGGGCCUGUUGGCGGUGGUGGUGGUGGCUAUGGUCAUUGGCCUCUGCCUUUGGCUGCCUUCCUCUUCCAAGGGACCUGAGCAUGUCUACCGCAAAGCAGCGGUAGCCGCGGACGCUAAGCGCUGCUCGGAGAUUGGGAGGGACAUGCUGCGGGAGGGCGGCUCUGCGGUGGACGCAGCCAUCGCCGGGCUGCUGUGCAUGGGGCUCAUGAAUGCGCACAGCAUGGGCAUUGGCGGUGGCCUCUUCCUCACCAUCUACAACAGCACCACGCGAAAAGUUGAGAUCAUCAAUGCACGCGAGGUAGCACCUAGGCUGGCCCAUGAAAACAUGUUCAAUGACUCCAAACAGUCUCAGGAAGGCGGUCUCUCGGUGGCAGUCCCUGGUGAGAUCCGUGGCUAUGAGUUGGCACACCAGCGGCAUGGACGGCUCCCAUGGCAUCGCCUCUUCCAGCCUAGCAUCCAGCUGGCUCGCGAGGGCUUCCCAGUGGGCAAGGGCCUGGCAGGGGCCCUGAGAAGUAAACAGGAUGUCAUCGAACAGACACCUGCCCUGUGUGAGGUUUUCUGCCGGAAUGGGAAAGUGCUCCAGGAAGGAGAGACCGUGACCAUGCCAAAGCUGGCCGACACUUACCAGACGCUGGCCAAUGAGGGCGCCCAGGCCUUCUACAACGGGAGCCUCACAAGACAGAUUGUAAAGGACAUCCAGGAGGCUGGAGGCAUUAUGACAAUUGAGGACCUGAACAACUAUCAAGCAAAGCUGAUUGAGCACCCGUUGAGCACCAGCCUUGGGGACUCGGUGUUGUAUGUGCCCAGUGCUCCGCUCAGUGGGCCUGUGCUGAUUCUAAUCCUGAACAUCCUCAAAGGGUACAACUUCUCUCCGGAGAGUGUGAAGACACCUGAGAAGAAAGGUCUGACAUACCACCGCAUCGUAGAGGCCUUCCGGUUUGCCUAUGCCAAGAGGACCCUGUUGGGAGACCCCAAGUUUGUUGAUGUGACUCAGGUCAUUCGCAACAUGAGCUCAGAGUUCUUCGCUGCCCAGCUCCAAGCUCGCAUCACUGACAGCACCACUCACAUGACUUCUUACUACGAACCUGAGUUCUACAACCCGGAUGAUGGGGGCACCAGCCACCUGUCAGUGGUCUCGGAAGACGGCAGUGCUGUGUCCGCUACCAGCACCAUCAAUCUCUACUUUGGCUCUCGGAUCCUUUCCCGGGUCAGCGGCAUCCUGUUCAAUGAUGAGAUGGAUGACUUUAGCUCGCCUAAUUUCAUGAAUCAAUUCGGGGUGCUCCCAUCACCAGCCAAUUUCAUCAAACCAGGGAAGCAGCCGUUGUCAUCCAUGUGCCCGUCCAUCAUUGUGGGUCCCGAUGGGAAAGUCCAGAUGGUGGUGGGAGCCUCUGGGGGUACGCAGAUCACCACGGCCACUGCGCUGGCUAUCAUUUACCAUCUGUGGUUCGGCUAUGACGUGAAGCAGGCAGUGGAGGAGCCCCGGCUGCACAAUCAACUUCUGCCCAACACCACCACCGUGGAGAAGCACAUUGAUCAGGCUGUGACUGAAGCCCUGAAGGCCCGGCACCAUCAUAUCAAGGUCACUUCUACCUACAUUGCUGUGGUCCAGGCCAUUGUCCAAACAGCCAGUGGCUGGGCAGCUGCCUCAGAUUCCAGGAAAGGCGGGGAGCCUGCUGGUUAUUGAAUGCUGGGAUGGACAAGACUGACCAGAAGCCUAGGGACAAGAAUCUCACCAGAGCGGGGAGUAGGACUUUGGAGGACCUGCUCUUUCUGAGAGUGGCAGAACAACAUAAUAAAUGGAGACUGCAGUGCCAGGCUGUGGACAUCCUGAGUGGCAGGCUCCUCACUCCUUGGG